UCUAACGUUACGACGUGAAAUGAUGCUCGAGUCUAAUAACACCUGCAGUGCUUCAGUCGUCGCAGCCAGGCUCUUUUUGCGUUCAUAUCGUAGCAGAUGUUCGCCAUGCGUGUUACGACCUCGAUGCGGGUAUCGCCUAUCACAUUCCUCACCUAUCGUGCUGUCUUCAUCCAGACUGGCCCUAUGCUCUACGAUAUCCCACACCUGGUGCGUGACUUUUCUAUCAAAAGACUGCAAUCCAUGCUCGUCAUGAUAUUCAUAGUCAUGACCAUGGUAUCUUUGCUAGCCUGUCCGAGAUUUGGGAGUUCGAUGACUGGGUGUAGUGGGGUUGUAAGGUUGUUCAUCAGGACUGAAAAGGGGGAUCGUUUCAUCAUACAUGAUGGAUCGAGUAUCAACAGGGCAGAUGAAUUCGUCGUGACGUGGCCCAAAAGCACUGGUUGGUGUUUGUGGUCAUAUGUGCACUGCAGGCAGAAAACUAGCAAUGUGUUCAGCGGAGCCAGUUCUUCCUCAGGAACGCUGUCCGUGGAGCUUUUCUUUCUACUGCUCCAUGUCCACGACGUCUCUUAGCCACAACUUCGAGUGUAACACGAUGGACAUCACAUGGGCAGUACACUUUAAACAGCGGGUCGUUGCCAAUACCGGUGCUCGACAUCACGGGCUACUACCUCCCAUCAGACGGUCCCUUCUCCAACUUUGAUGCAGAAACUCCGGGAGCCCAAGAGGAUAUUUUGCGAGCCAAAUGGAAUACAUCGAUUUCCGUGUACGACUACAGGUACAUCGGGGAGAAUGGUUCCUGCGAGACAUCUGAGGAUUAUCGACUUCUGCUGUAUGUUUCUGCGCUAAGACUGACUCUUCGCAUUGAAAUCUCAGUGGGGCUUCUGCUC